GCCCCGCCCCGCCGCGCCUGGGCCAGCGCUUCCCCGCGGCGAGUCCCGAGCCCCGGCCCAUGGAGCAGCUGCUGCGCGCCGAGCUGCGCACCGCGACCCUGCGGGCCUUCGGCAGCCCCGGCGGCGGCUGCAUCAGCGAGGGCCGAGCCUACGACACGGACGCGGGCCCCGUGUUCGUCAAAGUCAACCGCAGGACGCAGGCCCGGCAGAUGUUUGAGGGGGAGGUGGCGAGCCUGGAGGCCCUCCGGAGCACGGGCCUGGUGCGAGUGCCCAGGCCCAUGAAGGUCAUCGACUUGCCGGGAGGUGGGGCCGCCUUUGUGAUGGAGCAUUUGAAGAUGAGGAGCUUGAGCAGUCAAGCAUCAAAACUUGGAGACCAGAUGGCAGAUUUGCACCUUUACAACCAGAAGCUCAGGGAGAAGUUGAAGAAGGAGGAGAACACAGUGGGCCGAAGAAGUGAGGGUGCUGAGCCUCAGUAUGUGACCAAGUUCGGCUUCCACACGGUGACAUGCUGCGGCUUCAUCCCACAGGUGAAUGAAUGGCAGGAUGACUGGCCCACCUUUUUCGCCCGGCACCGGCUCCAGGCGCAGCUGGACCUCAUCGAGAAGGACUAUGCUGACCGAGAGGCACGAGAACUCUGGUCCCGGCUACAGGUGGGCAUGGCCGUGACUUCUCUGGGCAAGGGCUUGUCCUCUCUUGAGCCCACCCCAUUUGUGUGGGGUCCUCUGUGAAACUGAGCCCCGGAGCAGAGACGGUCAAGUCGGGCACAUCAGUGCCUGACCAGUGGCCUGACGGGGAAGCCGAAGGGGUGAGAAGUGAAGACAGGCUUGGCUCCUGCCCCUCUCCCCUGCCGGGCCACCAGGUAUUCAGCCUCAGACUUUCCUCAUGUGAAACACAGGUGCUAGUAAACGGUGUCGCUGACCCCGAUUACUUUUCUUACUGUCAGUAACACUUGUCCACUCCAGUCCAUUCCUCUCCCGUGGGAAGAUGUAGGGACUGGAUGCUCCAGUGACUGAUUUCAACAGGUGACUCCCGGCCAGGUGCAGUGGCUGACGCCUAUAAUUGCAGCACGU